GCAAAAAAUGGCGGUGCUCCAAAGAGGCAUUCCCGGAUUCUAAGUAUUGUGAGAGACAUAUGCACCGAGGUAAAAAGCGUUCAAGAAAGCCUGUGGAAGUUUUGAAAACAACAACUCAUUCCCGGGCCAUUUCUUCCAUCACCCACAACUCCACUCUCCCCUCUCAAACUCAUCCCCAACACUCCACCCUUUUCUCUACCAACAUGGCUCUUCUUCUACGCCCCCAAAACUCCAUCACUUCCUUGAUUCUUGACCCAGAUUACAGAAGAAACAGGUAUGGUUACGGGGUGAAGGAAGAUGUCGUUGAUGAGCAUCGCUUUCUAUCAGAAGAACGCGCUGGGGACAUGAGAGGCUUCUCUGAUUCGAAUAUGGAAGAUUCCUGGCAGCUGAGUCCUCUAACAAUGAGCUGCUCUUCCUCAUCCUUCAGACAUAAGAACUGCUCGCCUUUACAAGGUGGUGACUAUCGUAUAAGGUACCAGAGAAGGGUAUGCAUCACUUCCUUGAUGAAUGGUCUCCAAAAGACACAGAAUCGUGGGUUGAUUUGAAUACAGCUCGGCUUUCGAUCUCUAUUCCUAACUCCUCGCAGCAUGAGUUCAUUUCCAACAACUAGCAUAACCAAAAUCCAUGACCCACCCAGCUGCUACCAAAAUGCAUUACAAAUAAGUUAGUUUGUUUGUUUAUUUGAUUUUGUUUGACCACCCACCCAGCUGGGGGGUUCUGAUUGAUGUGUCCAAAAAUGUACUUUGGUACUGUUCCCAUGAGGUGGAUUUGUUUGGAUGUGUGUGGAAGUUGAACACAACAGUGGAUGGUGCAGGCUUGUUCCAUAAUAAGGGUCCAAAGUAUGCGCGCUUCGAUUGCUGUGUUCCCUUCCUCUUCACUGUAUAAUUAGUUAGGCCAUGAAUGCCUAAGGUAAGCAGCAAGCAUCCUGGCAUCCAUCUGUGUUCUGUGUUCUGAGUUCUGUGUUCUGAGCUUCGUUCAAGCUUCUAUGUCUGUUGUCUUGUAAUGUAAUGAUCAUAAUAAUAACAUUAAUCUUAAUGGGAGAGG